AAUCCAAACUGCAUUUGGAAACCCGUCUUGGCUGUCGCCCUCCUGCCAUGGACCUGCGCUGCCCGGGCGUUGCAUCAUCUGGACCCGCUGGCGCCGCUGCCGUUGGUGAUCUGGCAUGGGAUGGGAGACAGCUGUUGCAAUCCCUUAAGCAUGGGUGCUAUUAAAAAAAUGGUUGAGAAGAAAAUACCUGGAAUUUACGUCUUAUCUUUAGAGAUUGGGAAGACCUUGAUGGAGGACGUGGAAAACAGCUUCUUCUUGAAUGUCAAUUCCCAAGUAACAACAGUGUGUCAGACACUUGCUAAGGAUCCUAAAUUGCAGCAAGGCUACAAUGCUAUGGGAUUCUCCCAGGGAGGCCAAUUUCUGAGGGCAGUGGCUCAGAGAUGCCCUUCACCUCCCAUGAUCAAUCUGAUCUCAGUUGGGGGACAACAUCAAGGUGUUUUUGGACUCCCUCGAUGCCCAGGAGAGAGCUCUCACAUCUGUGACUUUAUCAGAAAAACACUGAAUGCUGGCGCGUACUCCAAAGUUGUUCAGGAACGCCUCGUGCAAGUCGAAUACUGGCAUGACCCCAUAAAAGAGGAUGUAUAUCGCAACCACAGCAUCUUCUUGGGAGAUAUAAAUCAGGAGCGGGGUAUCAAUGAGUCCUACAAGAAAAACCUGAUGGCCCUGAAGAAGUUUGUGAUGGUGAAAUUCCUCAAUGAUUCCAUUGUGGACCCUGUAGAUUCGGAGUGGUUUGGAUUUUACAGAAGUGGCCAAGCCAAGGAAACCAUUCCCUUACAGGAGACCUCCCUGUACACACAGGACCGCCUGGGGCUAAAAGAAAUGGACAAUGCAGGACGGCUAGUGUUUCUGGCUACAGAAGGGGACCAUCUUCAGUUGUCUGAAGAAUGGUUUUAUGCCCACAUUAUACCAUUCCUUGGAUGAAACCCGUACAGUUCACAAUAGAGCUCAGGGAGCCCCUAACUCUUCCAAACCACAUGGGAGACAGUUUCCUUCAUGCCAAGCCUGAGCUCAGAUCCAGCUUGCAACUAAUCCUAUCCUUAUCUAACAUGCCCUACUUGGAAAGAUCUAAGAUCUGAAGCUUAUCCUUUGCCAUCUUCUGUUACCAUAUGGUGUUGAAUGCAAGUUUAAUUACCAUGGCGAUUGUUUUAUAAACUUUUGAUGUGGUCACGCUCAGUUUUAGAAAGGGAGUCUGUUCCAGAUCAGUGCCAGAACUGUGCCCAGGCCCAAAGGAGACAACUAAUUAAAGCAAUGAGAUAGAUUCUGAGGGCAAACGUUUUUCCAAGAUCUUGCCGGAUUUCAAGCAAAGAGGUACCCAGGCCUGAGGUACUCACAUAAAUGCUUUGUUUUGCUGGUGAUUUAACCAGUGCUUGGAAAAAUCUUGCUUGGCUAUUUCUGCAUUUCUUAAGGCUGCCUUCCUCUCUGAAUACGUUACCCUCUGUGCUAUCAUCUUAUUAUUAGGCAAAUCCCACUGGCCUAGUCUUGCUUCUGUGGCACCCACUUUGUCUCCUCAGGUAGUGAUGAGUUAGUUGCUCUGUCACAAAAGGAGGGAAGUAGCAUCCAAUUAAGUUGCUUAAGAGAGGAAAUGUACAUCUUGUAUAACUUAGGGAGUGAAGAAAAUGUAGGCACGAAAGUGAAAAGUGAGGCAGCUAGUUCUUCCUAUUCCAUUCUUGACCAACCUGCCCUUUCUUAAUAUGACUAGUGGUCUUGAUGCUAGAGUCAACUUACUCUGUUGCUGGCUUUAGCAGAGAAUAGGAGGAACCAUAUGAAAAGAUCAGCCUUUCUGACUUCAAUCCCCAAAACAUAUUUACCAGCAUACUCCAAACUGUUUCUGAUGGGUUCUGUGAGAAAAGGAUUGUUUGCUCAAAAAGCUUGGAAAAUACUACACACUCCCUUUCUCCUUCUGGAGAUCACCCACAUUAGAGGGUCUGAGGACUCUGAGAAUUCGUGUUACAGUAAACAAAACUAACAAUCUCCCAUUUCCUACACUACUUGAGCAUGGAAAUCAUAGUCCCCACUCUGUGAAAACUUAACGCUUUUUGGAAGACAUUUCUGUAGAAUGUCAGUUUG